GCAGAACUGGUCUUCUCCAGGCCAUGAGUCAGAAACAAAGUAGGAGUGGAGAUGGAAUAAAAGGGGAAGCCAUGCCACAUCAUGUUCAGACCUGACAGAGUUUCUUUCUCCCAGUUGCAGAGAGCUUGACCUGAAUGGCGUUUCCAACUGGCACAAUCGCAAGGGGUGGCUUUGGGAAAGUGUACAGACAACGAUACAAAGACCAUUGGGCUGCUAUAAAGAAAGUCCCACAUUACCUCAUCCCCAGGAAGGAUCUGGAAAGAGAAUGUGAAGUGUACAAUAAAGCAAGCCAUCCCAACAUAGUGAAGCUUCUGGGGGACAUAACCCUCUCAGAUGGGAAAUGGAUCAUUCCACUAGAGUUUAUUCAUGGCGAAGACUUGGAGACAACUAUAUUCAAAGCAACAAAGUCUAAGCUGCAGCUUACUCCUUCCACUAAAGCCAUCAUUAUUGUUGGGAUGUGUGAAGGGCUUCUUCAUCUCCACUCCAAAGACAUCGUGCAUCAGGACCUCAAGCCUGAAAAUAUCAUGGUUGAACAUGGCACAAACCGAGCUGUGAUCAUUGACUUAGGACUGGCUAAGUUCUUUAGGUAUGGACUAAACUCUGCAGUGAAUAUGGGGAAUGAGGCUUACUCCCCUCCAGAGGUGCUAAACAGAAGGUGCCAGCGAAACCAGCUAUCGGACGUUUGGGCCAUGGGGAAGAUCAUUGCUGAGUUUUUGGCCCGAAUCCGGCUGUACACACCCACUGUAUGUCCAGCGAAGAUCAGAGAGGUCCUGAGAGAGCAGGCUUACUGCAAUCCAGUUUGUCGAAUGGUGGAGCAAAACCCAUCUCAAAGAACGACAAUGGCUGGAAUUAUUGAGGACUUACGAAAGGCAGGGGGUGUUGGUCGCAUCACCUAUCCAGAUCCUCCAAAAUAUAACCUUGAUGUACCAGAAAACAAUGAUCGAGGCAGAAGACAAUCUCCAAGGCCAUUAGGCAGGAGAAUGAGCAGAAGCAUGUCUCCACGUACAAGAAAUAUCCCCCCUAUGAAUAGAGGCAUUCCACCAUUUAGAAGGAACGCAUCUCCUGUCCGACGAGCUAUCUCUCCACCCCACUUUCAAAGACAAAGAGCUCCAAUACCUUUUCCCCAAAGCAGGUUCCUACGCCGAUGAAAAAGAAGCAACAAACUUCAGCUUUCUCUCAAUCGAUUACAUAACAAAGUAAAAGAACAUCCAUUCUGAAUUCAAACCAUAGUUGUUUUUCAUUUCAUUGUGUUAUCAUUUUGUGAUGACGUGAAUGCCUUCAUGAGCGGGCGUAACAUUUCCUCUAACUUCAUUGCUUGUCAAGGAAUAAAACCAACAUCAAAGCUAAUAAAAAUGUUUUUUUCUAAGAAAAAA